CUAACCAAAACCCCUUGCCCAAGUCUCAUUUUAUUUUCUGUUCAAACAAAUUGUCUGGCUUUGUAUCCGUUGUACUCUUGAAGGGCUAAAAUCUUUUCCUUUUCUUAUUACAGUAUAUCGAAAAGGAAGAUUUUUCACAAGCAGUAAAAGAAAGAUAACGUUAGAGUAUCAACUUGCUUGCAUUGUCCUCAAACUCUAUUUAUUUAUUUUUGCUUUAGUCUCUCACUAUCUAAGUAAAGCACAUAAUUUAGCAUUCGGUGUAGUUUAAGCAUUUGAAGCUCGCUAUAUUUAGCUUUCUGGGUCAUCUUUUUUCUUCAGAUCCUGGUCCGUGUUUGUAACACUUAGCGAAAAUGUUGAAGAUGGUCUUACUGAUCUUUCCCAUCUUCUUUUUCUGUUUCUUGGGUCUUACUAGUGCUGGUCAAGAAUCUGUUCAACUCCUUAACCUUUACAUUGCUACUCCAGAAGUGCCAAAAACGGCGUCGUCUCAUUCUGACUUACCUAUUGCUGCUUCUGUAAGUAGUGAAGACCUUCAUGGGGUUUCAAGCAGUGUUUUAAUGGCAGAGAGUUGGCUCAGGACUCAGGUUCUGGCUUACUACCCGGCCAAUCGGUUCACCACCAUUGUUGUUGGUGGUACUGUUCUGUGCCAAAAAGGUCAAGAGCAUAAGCUUUCGCUGGUACUACCAUCUGUCAAGAACAUUCACCACUCCCUUACAAGGUGGGGUUUGGAGAAAGAUAUCAAGGUCUCAGCUGCAUUUUCAUCUGCUUGUUUGCACCCACAAUCUACUUACUUUAAUGGGGAUUUCGCCAAAAGUUUCACCAAACCCCUUCUGGAGUUUCUUCAGAAUACAAACUCCACUUACUCUCUUCACCCAUCUCCUCCAAAGUUUACUCCUUUACCAGCUGAAACCGCUAGUCUGGUCUCUUCUCACUCAAAAUGCAUGAAAAAGCUUGGACUUUUUGAGCUUAACAAGGUUAAUGUGAUAGUCAACAACACCCCUAAAGAGUCUAAACCUAUGAGCAGGAAGCUAACAUCUUUGAAUCCAAAUGUGUUGUACCCAUUUCCAGCCAGACCAAACCCUUUACCAAAAGUUGCAGACUCGCCACUCCAUUCUUCUGUCGGCUACUCCAUUCCUUCCAAUGUGGCCACACCCCCUCAAUCUUCAGAACCCCAAAUAGCCUCUCCACCUCAGAUGAAGACUCCACUGGCCCAAAUAGCCUCGCCACCUCACUUCUCUUUCUCUUAUGCACCAGAAAGUCCCCCUGUUUUUGAACCAGCGGCUAGUCCACCAGUUUUUGAGCCAGCGAGUCCACCUUAUGGGUUUACCUUGCCUCCUUGUGAUCCAUCACCAUACCACCCAGGUGCCCCUUCGCCCCAUAUAGGGAUGGUCCAUAAGCUGUGGUGCGUGGCUAAGCCUACUGUCCCUUCUGAUACACUUCAGGCUGCCAUUGAUUAUGCUUGUGGAGAAGGUGGAGCUGACUGUAAUGAGAUAUUGCCACAAGGAAAUUGUUACAAUCCAGACACUGUUGUGGCUCAUGCUUCUUACGCCUUCAAUAGCUACUGGCAGAAGCACAAAAGGACUGGUGGGACUUGUAGCUUUGGAGGAACUGCUAUGUUAAUCAACAACGACCCAAGCUUUCUUCACUGUCGUUUUGUGCUCACUUGAAGACAAAGCCAUGCAAUGGCAACUGAGACAAGAUUAAAAUUCUGAUUCUAAGAUUACUUCGUUGUUUUGGUCGUUUUAGUUGUAGUGAUUAGAUUGGUAGUUUAUUUGAGUACAUUAUCCUAACUAAAUAUUACUCUAUACGUCCAUGUAAUACUCUUUUUGUUUUAUUUAUAUCUAGAGCUAUGCUACUUCCAUUGAUAAUA